AUGACUCAUAUGCACAACUUUAUGCAAGAAUAUGAGUCACUGAACCAAAUGACACGAGCCAAGGCGAGUCCAGUCAACUCUCCAGUGUAUUAUUUGCCUCAUCAUAGUGUCUUAAGAGAAGACAGUGUUACUACGAAACUCCGUGUAGUAUUUAAUGGCUCCAGUCCAUCUUCUAGUGGUCUGUCAGUGAACGAUAUUCAACAUACUGGUGCCAAAGUCCAGAAAGACAUUGCAGACGUACUCAUUUGGAUCAGGCAGCAUAAAUUUGUGUUUAUAUCAGACAUCACAAAGAUGUACAGACAAAUCAAAGUCCAUCAAGAUGAUUGGGAUCUUCAGAGAAUCCUGUGGGUGGACGAGCACUCCAAGAUAAUCCCAUAUCAACUCACAACAGUCACGUAUGGUACCAGAUCAGCUCCAUUUCUGGCUGUUCGUACAAUAAUCCAGCUAGUAGAGGAUGAGGGUCAUGAAUUCCCUCUAACUGUUGAUCCACUAGUAAAAGAAAGAUAUGUGGACGAUAUUUUUGGAGGUGCUGACACAGUGAGUCAACUUAUAGACAUCUCAACUCAAGUCAGACAACUCUGCAUGGCAGGUGGCUUCCCGUUGGCGAAAUGGCACAGCAACUCAAUUCAAUUCCUUCAGUCAAUCACAAACAACUCAUCAGAAGAGCAGAUCCACUCAUUUGAGAGCAGUAAAACGAAAUUACUUGGGCUCUCGUGGAUUCCAGCGAACGACUCAUUUAAGUUCAACUCAAAACCUCCUCGUGAGAAGUCCAAGCUCACGAAGAGAAUAAUUUUAUCAGAAACAGCCCAACUCUACGAUCCACUUAGAUUUCUAGCACCUUUCAUUGUCAAAGCAAAGAUGUUGCUACAAGAAAUCUGGCUAGAUAAACUGUCAUGA